AUGUCGCGCUCCCAAGCCCAUGAUGAGCGCAACCGGGUAGUUCGUGGCGGCAUGAGUUCCCUUGAAGCCGCAAUGAGCGUUUCAGCACCUACGCGAGACAUCAUCACCUCCGAGUGCGCGCGGCUAGGUCAAACGGUGAAGACUGAAGACAUCCCAGACAGCGAGGGUGCGAAAGUGCAUUGGAUCGGGGAUAGUUCUGCUCCAAGCGCGAUUUUGUACUUUCAUGGCGGAGGUCUCGGCCUUCCAGCUAUGCCAGGGCAUAUUGCUUUCCUAGUGGAUACGCAGCAAAGACUAGCGAAGGAGGGGAAACCGUUCUCGAUUGCCUUCGUUGAAUAUGGCCUCUCCCCUCAACAUCGAUUUCCGACGCAGUAUCGACAGGCUGUACAAGCUCUAAAGACUGUUUUACAAUCUGGUCGCAAGCCGUCAGAUGUCAUUAUCGGCGGCGACUCUGCCGGCGGCAACUUAACCCUCGGGAUCCUCUCCGCGACAAAGCAUUCCCAUCCCGGAAUCCCUUGGUUAGAACUUGCCUCUCCCUUGAAAGGCGCGCUCCUCAUCUCGCCCUGGGUCGAUCUCUCCGUCGGCACCAGCAAAUCGUGGAUCGAAAACAAGGACAAGGACAUCGUCUCCACGACGAUCAUCCCAGAACUAGUCGGCAAUCUCGUUUCCGACGACGAACGUGGCGAGUUUUCGGACCCAGCUCGCGCUGACUCGAAAUGGUGGGCUGACACGCCGGUCAGUUCUAUCCUCGCGUUGGCCGGGACGCACGAGCUGUUUUGCGACGAUAUCAGGGAGGUCUGCCACAAGCUGAAAGAAGCGGGCUUGAAUGUGGAGGCAGUCGAGUGCCCCAAGCAGGUGCAUAUUGAUUGUAUGCUUGAUGCUCAGUCAGGGUUGGAGCAUGGGGCCAUGUCUCAUGCGAUAUGGGAUUGGCUGAAGAAGGUGCUCUGA